UUGGGGAGUCCCCCCCAACCCCCUCCACCCUCACCCACUCCCCUCCCCGCCGGGAGCGCGCACGCUGUAUUGUGCCGGGGGGGAGGGGGGCGCGCGCGGAGGAUGGGGGGGGGGGAGCGGGUGCGCGGCCGGCGUCGGGAGCGCGCCCGGGGGGCUCCCCUUGUGUGUGCGUGUGCGCGGGGCCGGGGCCAUGGAGGAGCUGAGCAGCGUGGGAGAGCAGGUCUUCGCCGCAGAGUGCAUCCUCAGCAAGCGGCUGCGCAAGGGCAAACUCGAGUACCUGGUCAAGUGGCGAGGCUGGUCCUCCAAGCACAACAGCUGGGAGCCCGAGGAGAACAUCCUUGAUCCAAGACUCCUCCUCGCUUUCCAAAAGAAGGAGCAUGAAAAAGAAGUACAGAAUCGGAAGAGGGGCAAGAGGCCCAGGGGGAGGCCCAGGAAACAUGUGGAACCAGAGAUGCCUACAAAAACAGCUAAGUCAAGUAGCUCCUCUUCCUCCACAUCCUCCUCUUCCUCCUCCUCGGAUGAAGAGGAUGAAAGUGACCUGGAAGCAAAGAGAGGUCCCCGCAGCAGAGAGUCUCACCCAGUACCACAGAAGAAAGCUCAGAUCCUGGUGGCGAAGCCUGAAAUGAAAGACACUUCCAGGAAGAAGCGUGGGAGGAAACCUCUUCCCCCGGAACAGAAAGCAGCUCGAAGGACUGUGAACCUGACAAAGGUGCUGAAAACGUCCCGGAAGGAGGUGGGUGGCAGUGCCAAGCUGAUGGGGAAGCUGCAGCCCCAGCACAGCUCACAGGGCUCAGGCAUGGCCAUGCUGAAGGACUCCCCAGGCACCUUGGCUGGACUCAGCUCAGGGAGUUCAUCUGCAGAAAACCUGCCCAACAUGAUGAAGAGUGGCUCCACAAGCCCAAACCGGGCCCAGAUCAGCUGGCAGAGCUCCAUUGUGCACUACAUGAACAGGAUGUCCCAAAGCCAGAACUCAGCAGAGACCUCUCCCCUAAGCAGGUUGGCACUGAAGUCACAGGCAUCCAGCAAGAGCAGCUUAGGCCUGGACUUAAAAAUGAGGAACCAGAAAGGAUCUGGGGAACUUGGGCUGAGCACACAGGGACCCAAGACCACGAAGGCUACUAACAGUGGUGCAGGAGGGGACCAGAAGUCAGGGUUUGCUGCAGGAGGUCAAAUGCUGCACAAUGGCAACAAGACACCAUCAAGCUCAUCUGGGGCUGGCAACCAGCAGGCCUCUAGCCAGGAGCUGAACCUCCAAGCUCUAAACUUGCAGAGUGUCAAGAAUGGGGUGAGCACAGCUGGAGGGAGCAGCCUCCCUCGGCACCUUUGCAGUGCCCUAUCCAAAGGCUCUGGCAGCAGCACAGCAGCCAGCACAGGUGCUGGGGGCCCAAAGGGCAGCACAGCGGGGGCCGGGUUGAAUGCUGCCAAUGCCAGUGCACGCUCAGGGGGGGAUGGUGGCAAGAAUGAGAAGCAGACACACCGAGCAGGUGACAGAGACUUGGCCAAAAGUGGCACAGCCAGCACACAGGAGGGGCACACAGCCACGGAGAACCGCAAGCCGGCCGCCCUCUCCGAAAUAAGCACAGGUGACGAAACCAGCUCCGAUUCGGACCGGGAUUCAGCAUCGUUCCCAGGGGUGGGUCAGAACAUGUCUGUCUCUAUCCAGACCAGCCAGGACUGGAAACCCACCCGCAGCCUGAUUGAGCAUGUCUUUGUCACCGAUGUCACUGCUAACCUGAUCACAGUGACGGUCAAGGAGUCUCCCACCAGCGUUGGGUUUUUCAACCUACGGCAAUACUGAGCGCAGGAGUGUGAGAGGAGGGAGAGCGUCCUUCAGCCUCACCCUCAGCUUUGCCCAGCUCUUCUACCAGGUUUUUCUUUCUUCAAGAGAACACGUGAGACCUGCUGGGACUCGUGUCUAGAGCAGCUUGAGAAAGACACGGUGAAACCUGCUCAGAACUGUCAGCAGGUCAGCGGAUCCCUCCCGGCUUCUCCCUGUCCUCUCCUGGUCACUGCCCCAAACUGGUACCAUUCUCCAGAGGCAGGGGGAACGGUGCUGCUGGGGGUGACAGACUGGCAAGUUUUGAGCCAGGCUUCACUGUACGCUGGUUUCUUUGCUUCACAGCUUGAAACAGCAGGAGACAAGUUCUGUGGCUCUCUGGCAGCAGGGAGAUGGUGUGGAGCUGCCGUGGGCCAAGGUCAUGUUUGGCGGAGGAAAAGUCCAUCCUUUCCUUGGGGUCCCCAGAAUCUGUUUGUGAGAUAUGGGGAGUUGCAAGUCAAUCCAAAUGAGGCAGCCACUGCUCCCAGCCCUGGAAGGGCUGCUGGGGAAUGGUUGCUUAUGGGGGUUUUUCAGGGUAUGUUCAGCCCAGCCACCCCCCUGGGCAAGGUCACGUCCAAUGAUGGUGAAGCCCACAACGUUUCUGUUGUGGUUUCCAGCUGAUAGGAGAACAUUGUUUACAUUUUUUAUUAAGGAAAAUCCCUUUUUUUUUUUCCUUUUUUUUUUUUUUUUUUGAGGGGGUGGGGAAUAAACCCAGCCUAGGGAAGCCUCAAUCCUGGAUGCCACUGAUGAGAUGGGCAUCAAAGGUGCCUCUAUCAGAGCCAGGGGCUGCUGGCAGUGGGUACCUCCUUGUUGCACUGGGAGGGUCCUGCCCUGGGAGCCACUGGCUUUUUUGCAGAGGACAUGACUUUCAGAGGAAAGUGAAGCCCAAAUUGCUGUGCAGCCCAGGGAGCCCCAACCACUGCUCCUCUGCUUUUUCCCAGCAUCACCAGCAUCUCCCCAACCUGAUAGGCAGUUUCCAGGCACUCGGAGGGACCAAGCCGGGCAAUGUUCUUUUAAGUCUUGCAGAGCACAUGGACCCCUCCAGCAGCAGGUAGGUUGGUGCUUAGGCUGCUCAGUUCUCCAGGGUUGGUGCUGUGUUGAGUUACAACACAGCACCCAGGCAGAGCUAGGGAUCAAGCCCUCCCUGCUGGGAACCUAUCCAGAGCCAGCCCUGGAUGCUCACUGGGUUGGACUCCCACUGACCAUCCAUGUUUCUCUCCAGCUGAAGGGCUCAGAAGCUGGUUGAGAACACCUGUAUGGGUGGUCUGGAGCAGGGAGAAGGGGCAGGAGAAGAGAGGGAGAUGGGACACAGCCAGACAGUGGCAGGAGUCCCUUGGAAGGAGCUGGAGGGCCUGUAGGAGCCCAUUUGCCUUCAACCUGCCAGCCUGUGCCAUUUGAUGUGGGGUUCAUUUUAGAUUGUAAUUGCAUCCCAUAAUGACUUUUUUUACAGAGGUCUCUUUCCCUGCUGUAGAUUCUCUUACAAGCCAAAAUUAGCAGCGGUAGUUCAGGCAGAGUUUAGUAGCAUUUGAGGUCAUUUAAGCUCUGUUAAUGCUGGACUCCUCAGGGGAGCUAUGAAGCUUGCAGUCUGCCUGGCCUCAGUGUGUGGUUUGGGCUGUCCCAUCAGCAUGGCUGCUCAGUGUGUGUGUGUGAAAAGGUUCCACUUCUGGAGUAACUUCCUGCCAGGUGACAGACCUGGCACAAAGAAGCAUCUCACUGCUACAGGCAAGGGCACUCAUAGUGUCAUCACACACGGGGGUGUAGAGAUAAAUGGACCAAAAUGGGCACACAGAUACUUCUGUCCCCUCUAAUUAUCAGUCCACUGCAGUCAUGUUCACUGUUGCUGGCUGGGAAACUUCUCAGGGAGGAUGAAAAGCCCAUACCGGCUGCAUGUGCUCCUGGCUGUCUAAAGGGUGUAUGGCUGCUCCCUGAGAUUCAGCUGCAGCAGGUUCCUGUGCUGCAGAAGUGCUUUCCCUUAGCUUUCUCUUUAAUGCCCAGCCAUGAUUUUGAGUUUGUUGUGGGCAGAGCUGAGUGUGACAUCCUGAACGGGCCAACAACAUGCCAGUGAGCUGGGGCAGGUGAAGAUAAAUGGCUUGCCUUGCAGCAGGACCUGUGCAGGCUUCUCAGCCAGUUCCAGUUCUGCCCCAGUGUGACCAGGCAGCCUUGAAUGUCACUUUGGCAUGGUGUCAGGCAGCCUGGGGCAGAGGCUUUGCAGAGGACUGGGGCAGCUCCGAUCUGCUGCCGGUCACUUCUCCCAGCAAUGCACUGUGCAUUGUUCUGCCGGGCAAAGAGCCGGGAGGAGAGGAGGGAAUAUCCGUGGAGGAGGUUCCCAAGGAUGGAGUUUCUGUCAAGCUCCACGAUGCCAAAAUGUCACGGUCUGUGCUGUUUACCUUCUAGUCUUUAACUUUGCCAAAUGAGCUACUGUUGCUUUGAACAGUCCAAGGAAACCUUGGCCUGUGUUAGCAGAAACAGAUGCUCCAGGCAUGGUCUCUG